CGAAUCAUUAUUAAGUCAUAUUAAGUCACAGUUCCGAAGCUAACCAAGCAGCCAACAUGAAGUUCGCAUUCGCGUUUGUUCUGAUCGCUCUGUUCGCGGUGAUCGCUGUCUCCAAUGCUCUGCCCGAGGAGGCCGCCAGCAAUGAUGGAGCCAGCGCCAACACCAGGAUCGUGUUGGAGCUUACCCCGGAGGAGGCCGCCGCAGUUCAGGCAAUGGGAGGCCGAGGAUUCUGGGGAGACUUGUGGAACGGUAUCAAGAAGGCUAUCACCAUCGGUUGUGAUCUCAUUGACUGCCAGAAGAAAGAAUAAGUAAUAAUAAAUGCUGA